AACUAGGGCUUUCUCGCAAAGCUUUCUUUCAACGAGAGAAGGAUGGCUCAUCGGUUAGUACGACUCUCAGGGAUUUUGGUCGAAAUGACUCCCCUUCGGGAAAACGUUCUUUCACUAGCUAAAGAGUUACCUAAAAGAGAACCAAUAAUAAAGACUCAGUUCGAUCGUUACGACGUGGGCGAUUUUCUCAGAGCGAACUGCUCGACAGCGCCGUCGAAACCUUCGGCGAGCCUCAGUUUCUUCCUAAACGACAAUCCCGUGGGUGUGCCAGGUACAAGGGUGUACGAUUCCGGUAACGGCCUCCAGCACUCCAUCCUCAAUUUGGACCUGACAGUAGAACCUGCGCAUAUGAGUCCAAACGGCCACCUCGCCCUCAGGUGUACUGCGUUGAUCGGGACACUCUUCAGGCAAUCUUCCGAGAUCAGCCUCGGCCCAAGGACGGCCGAACCUGUCCCAGAAAGAGUUACAUCUCCGUCAAGUUGUCCAAGAUGUUGGUUAGUCAACGUCUACCUUAUCGGACUUUUGACGUUGGUUCUGGAAACUAGGUAGUAGACAGACGUCGGUCGAUGAGGGAAAUUUCACGACUUACCCAACUGAAAGGAGAUCUCAAAAUAUUUACAAACAGAAUUAUAAUUACGUUUAGAUUCAAACCGUUUCUUUCGAAUGACUUUGCGUUGCUCAAAUGAUGUACAACAUUUAAGAAAAAUAUUGGUGUUUAUAUAAGUAUCAAAGUUUGUAAAUCGGUAAACCGAAUUUGAAUUUUUGUUUGUUUUACCUUUAAAAAAAAUAUGUUUUAGAUACCUUAU